GUGUGGCUGCUGUGAACAGGAUCGUGAACCGAUGUGGAUCAGACGCUUGUUGUGUUGGAGUGAAGAGAGAACAUGAGACUGUGACCUGAGGUGAGCACGUUCAGGAUGUCAGGUGACUGGUCCAUUCCGGGGGUGUCGUCCCUGUCUCCACCCAGCAGCCAUGUAGCCCCACCCCCUACCAACGUCUCUCAGCCCCACCCCCUCUCAGACUGGGACGCGCCCAGUUUCACUCGGGCUGCUCAGUUCCGUGUCGGCGCCACCUUGGUCCUCUUCCUGUUUGCGGCCUGCAGUAACCUGGCCCUAUUGGCCAGCGUGUGGCGUGGCCGGCGGCUGGCAUCUCACUUGCGUCCGCUGAUGCUGAGCCUAGCAUCGGCUGACCUGAUGAUGACGUUCGUGGUGAUGCCUCUGGACGCAGUUUGGAACCGGACGGUGCAGUGGUAUGGAGGAGACGUGCUCUGUAAACUCCUUUCCUUCCUUAAGUUGUUUGCCAUGCACGCGUCGGCCUUCAUCCUCGUUGUCAUCAGCCUCGACCGCCAGCACGCCAUCCUGCACCCGCUGGAAGCUCUGAGCGCUCACCGGAGGAAUCGGCGAAUGGUUCUGACGGCCUGGAGCCUCAGCCUGCUGCUCGCAUCACCGCAGCUCUUCAUCUUCAGGACCAUCAUGGUAGACGGUGAGGACUUCACUCAGUGUGCGUCUCACGGCAGCUUCAGUCGCCGGUGGCAGGAGACACUUUACAACAUGUUUCACUUCACCACGCUAUACGUGGUUCCCCUGCUGGUGAUGAGCUGCUGUUACAGCCGCAUCCUGCUGCACAUUCACCAGCAGCACAUGAGGGACAAAGCAGGGGACUCGUACCUGCGGCGCAGCGGCACUGACGUCAUCCCCAAAGCUCGGAUGAAGACUCUGAAGAUGACGCUGGUCAUCGUUCUGUCCUUCGUCGUGUGCUGGACGCCGUACUACCUGCUGGGGAUCUGGUAUUGGUUCCAGCCUGAAAUGCUGCGCGUCACUCCCGAGUAUAUCCACCACGCCCUCUUUGUAUUUGGGAACUUGAACACCUGCUGUGACCCCGUCAUCUACGGCUUCUACACGCCGUCCUUCAGGGCCGACCUCGCCGUCUGCUUCCGCCGGACAACGAGCGCUGCCGCUGCUUUGCCACGAUCUCCAGAGCGACUGUGUGCCAGACGACGUCCUCGCAGCAAGGAGCACGACACACCAGUGAACAACCACGCAGCCGCAUGA